AUGAAGGAAACAAAUCAAAAGUCCAGCAAAUCCACGUUUAAAACGUGUCUACUCAAAACUACCAAUGAGUACAUUAGCGUUUCAAGUAUAACCGGAUUGAAGGUUUUCUGGAGUUUAAUACUGAUUUUGAGUUUUAUAUUUUGUAAUAUUUUGGUUGCACAUUUUUGGUUGCGUUACAAGAGUAAUUCCACCAGAAUGACAGUUGCUUCGAAUCAUCUUCCAUUGCCAACACUGAGAUUACCAAAAAUUGCGUUCUGUCCAAUUACUCACAUUGAUUCGCAUCGUCUUUCAAUAUUCAUGGAUACAAUUAAGUUUGAACAUUCACGUGAGAAUAUAAGCCGAAUGUUUGAACAAUCGUCUGGGUUUUUCACAACCAUUGCCUAUGAUGUAAAUGAGUUAAAGGUCCUUCAGAAUAUUGUGGAUACAAAUCGGUAUUUGAUUCAAAAUGUAAUGGAUAUGGUGCAGACGUCAUGCGAUGAUGUAUUUGUGCGAUGCCGUUUUGAAGGCAAACCCAUCAAUUGUUCGGAUUUGUUUCAACCAUCGACCAGUCAGUAUGGUCUUUGCUGCAUAUUUAAUAAAAGAAGUUAUUAUAACAAUUCUUGGGCUCCCGAUGGUCGAACAUCAAUGUCGCUGUUACUGCGACCCAGUCCCAAAACAUUCAUAUCAUCGGAAUCGGCACGAUUUUUAGUGUAUGAAUCGAAUACAUCGGCGAGCACGAGUUUAUUUGAAAGUACGUUGGCACGGUCAACCGAGAAUUGGAUUGACAUAAUACCCGAAGUAAAUAUGUGCUCAGAAGAUGUUGGCCAAACACCGAUCGAUCAACGAAAUUGCUUAUAUGAAUGGGAAAGACAACUGAAAUACUUUGCCGAAUACAGAGAAUUGAAUUGCAAACUGGAAUGUAUUCUGACUAAAAUUGAAAGUGCAUGCCAUUGUUUGCCAUACUACUUCUCCAUGUACUCCAAAUCGACGAAAAUUUGCGAUUUUUUAGAUAUCAAAUGUUUGACUGACAAAUAUUGGUCGACAUACAAUCAGGAGAAAAAUGAUACGAAGAAUUGUGAGUGUAUGCCGAAUUGUGUGGAAAUAUCUUAUCAGGCGGUUACAAGCCAAUCAAGAUUACAGCCAAAUUAUUUUGAUGUUGGCUCAUUUUACCGAGAUCUUUCUGAAGAGCAUCUGGUCGUCCAUAUUUCGUUUGGAAAGCAAGUGUUCAAAGCCAUUCAAAAGGAACUUGCUACAAAUGUCUUGUCAUUAACUGCUAACCUGGGUGGCAUCUACAGUCUAUUCAUUGGCUUUUCGGCAAUCUCAUUUUAUGAAAUAAUUUACUAUUUCUGUGUGCGUUUCUAUCUAAACUAUAAGAGAGACUUGACCGCUUCGAAGCCGGCAAAAAGAUAGAAGGGC